ACUGUCAAUUCCUGUCAAUGAUAUCAUCUGUGACUGAAGAUAUGUGACUUGUUGAAAAAUUCAAUAUCAAUCUAUUAAAAUUUGCCAAUCAUGAGUUUAAUGUCGCGCAAAUAAUUUAGUGUUCUAUUAUUUUGUAACAACAGGCAAUAAUAGAGCAAUAUUGAAAUGUCUAAUGUGAAUGAGGAAACUACCGGCGAGGUAGGAGAAAGCAGAUUAAUUCCUUCGGAAAAUACCACCCAUAGCCCCAGAGCUCUUUCAGAGGAUCAUCCAGAUGUCAAUGCUCAGAUUGAUGAACAGCGACGUAGAAUGCAACCAACGAAAUUAGAAUCGUUUUUUGCAAUAACAAAAUCACUUAUAAUUAGAGCAUUAGUAGUUUAUUUUAUCACAUCUAUGUUCCGUCAACCGUCUGCACCGAAAACAGACGUUAGUAACCCUACUGCCGCUUCUCGAAUUCCAGCUGUUAAUAUGUUUAUUAAUGGCACUGUGUUAGACAUGUAUUGUUAUGUGUCAGAGAAAGAGUUCAUUGGAAAUUUGCAAGCUGAAAAUUUAAUUUGGAAACAUACCGGACUUGUAUAUGGCGAUUGGAACGCAGGACCGAAUGGCGAUGGUACAUAUACAUAUGCAACAAAUAUUGCACCAUCUGUAGUAUUACAAAAUAAUGGCUCAAUAUAUCUACAUGUAUUUGUGGUACCAUCUGGUAAAUCACCGGAUCCUGAGAAUAAACAAGAAUAUGCUGGUCCCUAUGUGACAUAUGGGAAAAAAAUGUUAAACAAAUAUAAGAAAUUACGUUACUUAAAAACUCAUAAUUUAUUAACUGGUCAAACUGAGAAAUCAGAGGAGGAAAUAAAGAAAGCUGAAACAUUAAAGGAAGAAAUAGUCUCACACUGGCAUCCAAAUUUAACUAUUAACAUAGUAACUGAUCAAACUAGCUGGAUGCAAGGCAGUGUACCACCACCAUUGGAUGAAUUUAUAUUAUUCCUGCCAGAUGGAAAACAAUAUAAGCCAGCAGUAUUUCUAAAUGAUUAUUGGAAUAUGAUGCGUGACUAUGUACCUAUAAAUAAGACUACUACUGAUUUAAAAUUACAAUUGACAUUUCAACCAUUGAGUCUUUUCAAAUGGCAAUUAUAUACAGCGCAAGCAAUGAGAGAUAAACUAAGUAUGUUCUCAGCCUUAGGUGCUGAUGAGCAAGAUGAGGAACAGGAUACAGUUAAGGAAUUGCUUUUAGAUACAUCACCUUAUUUGUUGGGUCUAACUAUAACUGUGUCAGUAUUGCAUUCUAUAUUUGAGUUGCUGGCCUUCAAGAAUGAUAUCCAAUUUUGGAAUAAUAGGCAGUCUUUGGAAGGGUUGUCUGUGAGAUCAGUAUUCUUCAAUGUCUUCCAGUCUACAGUUGUUUUAUUGUAUGUCUUGGAUAAUGAAACCAAUGUAAUGGUUAGAAUAUCAUGUUUUAUCGGUUUGAUGAUAGAAAUAUGGAAAAUUAACAAAGUAAUGGAUGUGAAGAUAAAUAGAGAUGACCGUAUAUUUGGUAUUCCAAAAUUGACAUUCACUGAUAAAGGAUCUUAUGUAGAAUCUAGUACUAGGGAAUAUGACACUUUGGCAUUCCGUUAUCUGAGCUGGGCUUGCUUUCCACUUCUGAUUGGAUAUGGUAUAUACUCCUUGUUAUAUCAAGAACAUAAGGGAUGGUAUUCAUUUAUACUUAAUAUGAUGUAUGGUUAUUUAUUGACUUUUGGUUUUAUAAUGAUGACUCCUCAGCUAUUCAUAAACUACAAGUUGAAAUCAGUUGCCCAUCUGCCAUGGCGAAUGAUGACAUACAAGUUCCUAAAUACUUUUAUAGAUGACAUAUUUGCAUUUGUUAUCAAAAUGCCAACAAUGUAUCGCCUGGGAUGCUUCAGAGAUGAUAUAGUUUUCUUCAUAUUCUUAUAUCAGCGCUGGAUUUAUAAAGUAGAUCACAAACGUGUAAAUGAAUUUGGUUUCUCUGGUGAAAUGGAGCAGCAACAAAAACAAACAAAGAAUGGUGCACCUGCUUUAACAGAAGCAGAGCAACGGCCGACAGAUAAGAAGAAUGAUUAGAAAAUCUUUUCUGAUUUAUAAUAAAGAAUUGUAAUUUACUUAUAUACCAUUUAGCAAAUGUUUUAUGUUGUGAAAGGUAUGUGAUUAGUGUUUGAAUUUCUUUAUUAAUAGUUGAAAGACCUCUAAUAUAUGGAAUAGAUGUAAUGGUGUUUAUAUACUUAGUAAAUUGUUGUUAGCCAAAUUAUAUGCUUACUGGCUACAUUGAAUGAAUGUCUAAAGUUAUUAUAAAUUACUUUGAUAUACAAUUCUUGAAUUUUGGUUGUCAAGUAAUUAUUGUCUGAUACUGCUCUACCAUACAUGUGGCAUAUUUUUUACUAGCUACUUGACCUGGCAUCGCAUGGGUGGGUGUAUGUGUAUUAUAUAUAUAAACCUUCCUCUAGAAUCACUCUAUCUAUUAAAAAAACUGCUUCAAAAUCCGUUGCGUAGUUUUAAAGAUUAAGCAUACAUAGGGACAGUCAGCAACAGUGACUUUAUUUUAUACCAUACUAUGUAAUGAUUUGGUACUUCUAAUACAUACAUAUAAGUUUCACCAUUAUCCAGAGUAGCA